AUGCACAGCCUCGAUGAUCCUUCGAAAUCUACAUUGAGCGGUGUAUCCCUCGGCCCCUUUCCUCAUUUACGCAAAAUCGUCCAAUCCUACGAUGCACAACAGAAUCAGGAGGCACAGCUAUCUACUAUAAUUAAUGGGGAUGAUUACAUACCCCAAUCAUAUGAGCCCAUCAGCACUGCCGCUGCUUCUCUGAAGAUUGCACUAACACCCGAGGCCCCCAGCAGCGAUUCCAUCAUCACAUCCAGGCUGGAAACUACAUUGAAGGAACACAUCAGCAUGGACACACAUCACUCCGAUUUUACUCUGAAAGAGGCAAUCUCAGAGCCGUCAUUCUUCUUUUCCACCCAGGCCAACGAAGGUUACUGUAAAAAAUGCUCUUCUUAUCAUGCCAAGGGGUUCUCUGGGUGUAAUAUUUUUGAUCUUAGCAUCAAUCCAAUUGUUAGGGUAAAUGCAAACAAGAAAAUAAAGUCUGAAGAUGCAAAUUUCAGCGUAUUUACGCAAUGCCUUGAGUUGGCCAGAGAAGAUGAGAAGUUCCACUAUUAUCCUUAUCACCUUCAACAAGGCAGCAGCAGCCAGGCAUUAAGACUCGAAACGUUAGAAUUUCCUCCCCUUUUUACAGAGUUAACUUCAGUUACGGACCACACUCUGGGAACAGAAAACGAUGAUUACCAAAAUAGGGAUUCUGAAAAACGAGGGGAGACAUUCUAUUUGGCGCGAAGUAACGGGUUAGUGCCUCAUUAUGCUCUUGCACUCCAUCAUAUGGAGCCUUUGUCGACGCAAGGUCUAGAAGAAGAAAAUGAUCCGCGAAUGCCGCGACUUUCUGAAUCUGCAACCCUCUCGUUGGAGCGUCAACACAAAGCGGUCUUAUGGACUAUAGAAACGAUGCUUUGUAACUAA